UCAGUCCAGCCCGCCUUUUCGGUCCUUCCUCGUCUUCUCCGGACUUGUCCUGUCCUCCUCUCAGCCUCUCAGCCUCUCAGCCUCUCGUCGCAAUGGCAGCGGUCAGCAGGGCUCUCAGGAGAGUGUGUCAGCACUCCCGCCAUCAAGUGUGUCAGCUCCACACGUCCGCCCCGAGGCAGGAGGCUGUGGUCAUCUCAGGAAAGAAGCUUGCCCGUCAGAUCCGGGACGAGGCGCGGGCCGAUUUGGAGAACUGGAUGCUGGCCGGACACCGGAGGCCUCAUCUCAGCGUGGUUCUGGUCGGAGACAACCCGGCCAGUCACUCGUACGUCCUCAAUAAGACCAGAGCGGCCGCCGAUGUCGGAAUCUCCAGUGAGACCAUCCUCAAGCAUUCCGACAUCAGCGAGGAAGAGUUACUGGACCUCAUCUUCAAACUCAACACGGACCAUCGCGUGGACGGCCUGCUUGUCCAGCUUCCUCUGCCAGAUCACAUCGAUGAACGCACCAUCUGUAACGCCGUGUCCCCCACCAAGGACGUGGACGGCUUCCACGUGGUCAACGUGGGCCGCAUGUGUCUGGACCAGUCCACCAUGUUGCCCGCCACUCCCUGGGGGGUGUGGGAAAUCAUCAACCGUACAGGUAUUCCCACUUUGGGGAAGAACGUGGUGGUCGCGGGGCGCUCCAAGAACGUGGGCAUGCCCAUCGCCAUGUUGCUGCACACAGACGGUCGUCACGAGAGACCAGGAGGCGACGCCACAGUCACCAUCUCCCACCGAUACACUCCCAAGGAUCAACUUCGGCAACACACUCAAAUAGCUGACAUCGUGGUGGCGGCUGCAGGGAUUCCCAACCUCAUCACGGCGGACAUGAUCAAAGAGGGCGCGGCCGUGAUCGACGUGGGCAUAAACCGGGUGCAGGAUCCGCUCACAGGGAAGAGCAGACUGGUUGGGGAUGUGGAUUUUGAAGGUGUGCGACAGAAGGCGAGCUUCAUCACACCCGUCCCAGGAGGCGUGGGCCCCAUGACGGUGGCCAUGCUCAUGAAGAACACCAUCAAAGCAGCCAAGAACGUUCUGCUCUUUCCACCCGAGAGGAUCCGCAUGGCGGCCGCGUCCUAAUGAGCCGAGGACGGGAGACGGAUCCCAGCAACAUUCCACCACCUACAAAUGUUUGUGUUUUACUUCUUUGCACACGGACUGGAAAGACGGCUUUAAAGCUCGCUUCCUGUUGUUGUUUUUUUUUAAACUUUUCCACACGUCCAACCAUGUUUGACUGUUACAUUCAGUGGUGCAGCUGCAUGUCAUCUGUAACAGUAUUUAUGAAAUGCAAUGCAUCUCUUCUGGAUGAAUUUGACACUCCUCAACAGUAUCAUGAAAGAUUUGUUUUAUUUAUUGAUACAGUGACAUAAUAAUAUUUAAGCCGUGUAAAGGGAGUUGCGGCAGUGUUCUUUCACCUCAAGGCUGGUAAGCGGUCAAAGCAAAGCGGUGCGAUUCUGAGUUCCGUUAAGCCUCGUUGGGAGCAAGGGUGACAAGGGCUAACUUGAUCAGUAAUACAAGCUUUAAAGAUUCACAAAUGCCUUUGUAAAAUAAAAGAUUACAACUAUCUUCUCAAAA